AUGGUCUCUCACCAUCCUCCGCCGUAUUCUGAGCUUCCUCGCCCUGCCUCCGUCGCUCCCUCCGCUCCUCCCGCAACCCAUCAACGCGCAUCCUCCGUGACCUCGGGUCGCUCGGGCACGAGACGGCAUCGACAUGCCCGGAGCCAUCAUGGCGCGUCGUCGCAUCGGCCGCAGAACGAGUUCCCCAUCUUUUCCCACACCGGCGACGUGGAGAUCGUGAUCAAGAACGCGAGUGGGAGGCGCGAGAAGCGAUAUCUGCUGCACCGGCUCAUCCUGAGCCAAUGCUCCGGCUUCUUCGCAGCGGCCACGAGCGCAGAAUGGAGUGGGCGGCCGGCGGAGGCGGAGGGGACGGGUACGGGUAGUAGCGGCGUUGCGGUCGGAGGAGGGCUGGGCCGCAUCAACGAGAACGAGAACGAGAGCGUCACCGCGGGCAGUAGCUCGAGAGCCAGCAGUCAGGAGCGACGGCCCUCGUAUGAGGCAGGCACGUAUAGCGCGGGCAGGAGCCGGUGGCGAUAUGAGCUGGAUUGGGAAGCCGCGGGCGAGGACGACCUUCCCAUGUUGGUGCAGAAGGCGACGGGCUCGGGCUCCGAGUCGAUACAUGUACAUGGACAUGUACAUGUACAUCCCGAUCCCGGGUCAGUAUUCGGAGAUGACGCGCGACCGCCGCCGGUGAGGAACAAGCCGCCGACGUCCAACGAGAGUUUCUUCCGCAGCGUCAGUAACUUCUCCUCCCUCGAUCUGAACGAGCGGAACCAGCCGUCCGUGCCCGCCGAGCCCGGCGACGAGGUGCUCAAGGACUACGACAAUCUCUUCCGAACCAUGUACCAGCAUCCGCCCUCGCUCGACAGCGUCAACAUCGCCACCGCCUACACCGAAUGCAAGGCGCUCCUCCAUCUGGCAGACAUGUACGACGCGUUGGAGAUUGUGGGAACGAGGGUCGACCACCACCUCUUACGCUUCGGCGCACGCCUCUUCAAACAGAUCGCCAAGUACCCGCCCUCGUACCUGAAGCUAGCCUUUCUCGCCCGCUCCCGAACCAUCUUCACCGAAUCCCUGAUCCACGUCGUCGGGCAAUGGCCGUCAGCAGCACCGCAGCUCCGAGGACAGGUCGAGACCAGCGUCAUGGAACUGCUCGAAGACAAAGUCGACGAGUUGCGAGAGAUGGAAGAGCGCGUCGAGUUCAAGCUCUGGCGUCUCAACCUCACGACCGGUAGAGGCGAGCGCGUCACUCCGAGCAAUGACUACCUGAGCUGGCUGGCAGUCUCUCUCUUCCGUCAAUGGCUCGCCGAAAACACCACCCCAGCGCCAAUCGGCAUCCUCAAAGACAGCACGCGAGCCCCAGCAGCGGCAGCCCAAAACGCAAACACCUCUCGCGCAGCGAGCAGAAGCAGCAAUCAUCUCGCCACCCAACGCGUCGUCCCCCCGCCACCACCACCUCCCCAACAACCUCCCCCGGCCGUCAACACGGGCCGCGUCUACCGCCUCAUCGGCUCCAGCGACUCCACCACCACCUACCUCACGCGCGACGACCUCAAACGCUUCCUCAAAUCCCCCGCCGCCCAGCUCGGCACGGAUCUCUACACCCGCGACAACCUCCGCCGCUUCGACCGCCGCAUCCAAGAAGUCAAGAAUCUCGCCCGGGACGUCGUCCGACCGCUCAUGCGGAAUUUCCUGGAAUUGGAUCUGCGGGAUCUGGGGCCCGCCGGGUUGGGCUAUCUGACUUGUACGAGGGUCGAGGCGAGGGAUUUGCCGUGGGACGAGUGA